AUCGGACGGUUUGCAAACUUAAGAUCGUGUGUUUUCAUGACUUCAUGAGCUGUGUCGGCAGAAGAGACUAUGAGGACUGGGACGCGGCCAAAAUGAAGGAGCAUGAGUGCGCCAUAGCGAAGGCUGAGGGAGUGAAAAGAGCGGUGAGGAUAGAGGCUGAGCUGAUGGAAGUUUCCGAUCACGGGAAGUCGCCAUGGAGACGGUGGUUGGUGAAGGUUGGUAGAUCGUUUAAAAAGUCUUUUAAGGAAGAGAAUGGCUGAGAAGGUAAUAAAACACAUAGAGAUUAAAAUCAUUUUCAUUUC